AUGGCGGCCCUCACCCAUCAGCAGCCCAAGAUGGAGCAAUUCACCUUCACCCUCGGCAAGCUGGACGCUGGUAUGGCCAUCUUGCUCGGUCCCAACGCCCACCUGCUAGAGUUCCCAUCCCUUCUUCUACCCACACCAUCGCCCGGAAUGCCUCCACUCGGCCCAGGAUCCAUUUUGACAAUCACCGUCGCUCGAGAUCUCCAAGCUGAGCUCUCGGCCCAACAAGCAUUCGCCGACCUCCAAUCCUCUAUCCUCUCCUCGUUCACUGUUCCUCCCACCGCUCCCACUCUCAGACUGAGAAACGUGACACAGACAAAUGUGUGUGUGGAGUGGGACAACAUCAAUGUGGGGAGUGCAGAGUUCAGAGGCUUGGAGAUGUUGCGCAAUGGACAGCGAUGGGGACGAGUCGGUGGUGAUUCUGGCCUGGGAGGAAAGAAAGAGAAAACCGAGUGGAAGACGGGGGGCUUGCAGAGCGGUGAGGAGUAUACGUUUCAAUUGGUACUCAAGACUACCGCCGGGACCUACUCCUCUAACUUGAUUCGAACCAGAACGCAUACAAUGGACAAUCUCACUGGUCUUCUGGUUUGUUUCGGCCCCGUACAACCUCCUCAUCUGCUCGAGCAGCUGCGCUACACUUUGCGUCAAAUCAACGCUCGCGAAUCACCUGGAGUAGCUCUGGAUACGACGCAUUUCGUCUGCACGUCGCCUAUUGUGGGCGGGGAUGAGCAUGGAAGAGGUGGUGGCCCGGAUGUGGAGUACCAAGAGGCGACGAGAAGCAAUCUGCCUAUAGUCAGCCCAGGGUGGUUGUUAGCUGUUGCUGAGCAGCGCAAGCUGGUACCAAUCUCACAAUAUCACCUACCCACUCUUCCAUCUACGGCCUUCCAAGAAUCCAACGCCCCCGUCUUCCGCCGUCCAUCUCCUCUCGACCUGAAACGGACUUCACUGUCACUUCAAUCACCCGCAUCAUCACCCACGACCGACGCCGAGGAUGUCAACAGGGCUCCGAGUCCCGAGACGGUAGCAAGGAUGAGCAUGCACGCUUCGCCAUCCCCUACUCAGGGCGAGUUCAGUCCUGGGAUAGCCGAAGGCAAGGGUCGACACGAUAGCUUGGACAGCAAGAAGGAGAGACAAGGCAGCCUGGAUAGCAAUUCCAGAAGAACGAGGAGUCCAAAACCUGAGGCUAAUGGAAAGCUUGACAGGCGAGUUUUGAGCUUCAAAUUCCCGCUCGCCACAGGAUCUCCUGUUCAGUCACCUACCAGAACUUCGCCCCUCUCCCAAUCCCAAACCGCAUUCUCAGUCGAUCAGCAAAUUGACACCUCGACCGCCCCGUCUUCAUACUCGGUACACGAGACGGAAACACAGGCGGAGGCUUCUUCGGCAAUCUCUUCAGCUGAGACCAAUGUCGAGGACGUGAAGCGAAUCAGCACCCCACCUAUCGUCGUUGAUCACGCUAUGCCUGAAGCGUACGAAGAACCGGUCAGCGCAGCAACCCUGACUGAGCCUGAGCCUCAAGACAGGGCGGAGAAGGCUUCGACGAUUGAUGAGGCUGUAAAGGAGUUCCAGCAAGUGGUUGAAGGGCCGAAGGCUUCACCGGCAGUAGAACCUGAGCAUGACGCCAAGGCGGAUGCCGUUAAUUCCGAGCCUUCCGCUGCGUCAGUACCGGAAGUGAAGAAGGAUGAUCUCAUUACCGCCAAAGAAGAACAGGUGACGGAGGAGACUCCUGGAGUGCCCGAGUUGUUUACUCCGGCACCCGUCAAGGAUGCGCCGACUCCCGUUGAAACGCCUCCUCUUCCAGAGACUCCAGAGCUCGCCGGGGAGACUCCUGCGCUUGUUGAAGAGACCCCCGCUCCCGUCAAAGAAACUCUUGACAACGCCGAGAACGAGAAUAUCCCCACUCCUAUCGAGACUCCUGCUCUCCCAGAGACCCCAGAGCUUGUCGGAGAGACGCCCGGCCUAGUCGAAGAGACACCUGCGCCCGUCGGGGAGGACGAGCUGUCCAACACUGAGAACGAAAACAUCCCCACUCCAGCCGAACGUGCAUCAGAGCCCGUCGCUACGACAACCUCCGCAGAUGCGCCAGAUACCGUUCUUGAAACGACUGCUGUCAGUGGGAUAUCAACCCCCACCGAGUCUACUGCUACGUUGACAAAGUCUCAAAAGAAGAAGCAGAAGAAGAAGGCCAAGGCGGCUGCUGCUGUUCCUACUCCUAUCGGAUCUGGGACGGGUGCGGUGAACGGGGCUGAGGUCGAUGCUGAGGUGGAGGCGGAAUCGAAAGGAGAGGGGAUGGAUGAGAUUGAUUUGAAUUGA